CAUAGUGUUGCUAGCGUAACCUGCCCCAGCCGGUCAAGAAUCUUUUCCCAGUUCAGAGUUUUGUACCAAUUCAUGUCUACCUAAAAAGAAGUCAACAACUUUCCCCCUUCGUAGUUGGCAAUUAGCGAGCUUCAAGCCUUAAAUAUCACUCAACUCCCUCCUCAUGAAUCAGGAGAGGAGAGUCCGUUAUCCCUCACGCUUCGUGGUAUGUCAUUCUCUCCCUCUCUCUCUCUCGUUAACCUAAAGCUCACAACGUUCAGCUCCUCCAAAGCCUACUUCUUCCAUGGCUGAGGAAACCAAGAAGCCUCAAAUUGUCGUUCUCGCUUUCCCCUUCGGCACCCACGCUGAUCCUCUCCUCUCCCUCACGUACCGCCUGGCGCUCGCCGAUCCUGAACUCUCCUUCUCCUUCCUCUGCACCGCCCAAUCUAACCACUCCAUCUUUCGGUCGAACCCAAACCCGCCUCUCCCUAACCUCAAACCCUACAACGUUGACGAUGGAAUUCCCAAUGGCUAUGAAUUCAAGGGCAACCCUCUCGAGCUCAUCGGGUUUUUCCUCCGUGCGGCGCCCGUGAACUUCAAGAAGGCGAUGGAAGAGGCAAUCGCAGACGUUAGGAAUAAUAUCAGCUGUUUGAUCACCGAUGCUUUCUUCUGGUUCGCUGCGGACAUGGCAGAUGAGCUCGGCGUCCCGUGGAUCCCGCUUUGGACGGCUGGACCUCCAGCGGUCUCCAUUCAUGUCUACACCGAUCUGAUACGGAGCAAGAUUGGAGUUGGGCCUCAUGGUAUCACUGGACGGGAAGAUGAAGUAAUCGGUUUCUUGCCGGGGUUGUCGUCCAUACGCAUUCGAGACUUACCUGAAGGAGUCGUGUCUGGGAACAUGGAAAUGCCUUUCUCAAAGAUGCUACAUCAGAUGGGCAAAAUGCUGCGGCGUGGCGACGCUGUAGUCGUCAAUUCAUUUGAAGAGCUAAACCCCACCGCCGUUGAAGACCUGAGAUCGAAGUUCAAGCAGUUCCUCCCCGUGGGUCCCUUCAACCUCUGGGUCCCACAAAGAUCUAUCGCUGGGGACGAUCAGACUGGCUGCCUAUCGUGGUUGAACAGUCAGAGUCUCGGUUCGGUCGUGUACGUGAGUUUUGGAACUGUGAUAACGUCACCGACUGCUGAGCUGGCAGCGUUGGCGAAGGGCUUGGAGGCGAUUGGUGCUCCGUUUCUAUGGUCCCUCAAAGAGGCUUCCACAAGCCAACUACCAGAUGGAUUUCUGGACCGGACCAAGGAAAGGGCAAUGGUGGUCCCAUGGGUCCCACAGCCUCGUGUACUAAGCCAUGUAGCAGUCGGAGCAUUCGUCACACAUGGCGGAUGGAACUCGGUUUUGGAGAGCAUUACAGGUGGGGUACCGAUGAUCUGCCGUCCAUUCUUGGGCGAUCAGACACUGAAUGGACGGUGGGUAUCAUCCGUGUGGGGAAUCGGAAUCACAACAGAAGGUGGGCCCAUUACAGAACGUGGAUUGGUGGAUGGUCUGGAUCUGAUCUUGUGGAAAGAAGAAGGGAGGAUCAUGAGGGAUAAGGUUCGGAGGCUUAGAAUGUUGGCAGAAGAGGCGGUGGGCCCCAACGGUAGCAGCACUAGGAAUUUCCAGUUACUUUUGAAGAUACUUCGUACUAGGAUCAGUCAAGUUGGCACAAGGUAGAGGACCAGAACUGAAGCUGCUCGUUCGUACGAUCAAGGUGUUUGCCGUGUUGGGGCCAUCAGAAGUAACUGCCUUAAGACUAUUCUGCUGGAACUCGGCUUACCGCGUCAAGACCCCCAUAGUAAAUUAAGUAUUAUUAGCGUUUCCGUUUCGUUUGAUAAAAAACCGUUUUAUGAUUUGUAAAGCGGUUUUGAUUUUUCAGUUACACGGUUUUUCUACCCGUAAAAAGUUGUACACGGUUUUGAUCCUUGAUUUUGUUGCAUAUCUGCUCUAAAUUUUAAGUGUACUCACAAAAUAUGUGGAAACUUGGUUUAAAUGGUCUCGUGAGGUUAAAUC